CACAGCUGAGUCAUCAAAGUUGGCAGUGAGCACGUGUUCUUUCCUUUCCUCAUGCUCGUCGUUCCAUGUCCCAACCAAACUUUAGAGACGACCUUGAAACUGGCGAAACAGACCCUCUGAACCGCAAUGCUCACGAAGAACCACCGACCCCCACCGCAACCCGUUCUAUCUAUGCUCUGACGCGGCAAGAAAUAACCAAAGGCGUUGCCAAUCGCUUCGUACACUCGCGGACGUACAUCAUUCUAUACCUCGCUAUGGCUGCUCUUUCUAUCACGACAAUUGUUUUAAGUAUCACCGACGACUGCCCUGGCCUCGCGUUCUAUAUUCUUGAAAUUAUAAUCAACACGGCAAUGAUAUUGGAAGUGGGCAUACGGUUUGUGGCCUUCGGUCGGCAAUUUUGGAAGUCUCCGUUCAACAUUGUAGACUUGGUUUUAACCAUUUUCUGCGCGCUAACAUUGCUUGUCCUGGCAUUUGCGAAAUGUGGUUCCACCAGCAAAGAAGAGGAAAUUUUGGAUACCCUACUCCUUGUCGCUCGAAACGUCCUACAAUUUAGCCGUCUUGCAGCCGUCAUGAGACAAUCCGGCCAAUCUAUCUUCUCUCGACCCAGACCCAUCGAUAUUAACGCUGCUAGGCGGGCGGGUUACACAAAUCUUGACAUUGACAUUGAAAGCGACGACGAAGACGAUACUGAACUCGCACGGCCCCUCGUUCGCAAUCCCAUUGUUUUCGAUGCUGAUCAGCCUACUCGGCAGCAACGCGAGCCCUUAUCAGAAAUGCCUCUCGCAGCACAUAGCCUUGAGACUCGAGAUGCUGAAGAUAUGUGGGCUGAAUUAGGUUGAUUGAAGGGGGUCAACCAAAGCCGUAUCUAAGUAUUCAAUAAUGUAUAUACAUAAUCAGUGACAGAACUUAUAUCUUUCGUUAGAUUUAUAGUGGAUAAUAAAUCAUUUCUUGUAUAGGUCUGCUAUCUGCGCGUAAAUCGUUCAAACCUGUAUCAAGAA